GUAACAUUCAUACGCAGACGGGCGUAGAUGAUGGGGUACCUAUAAUAAAUACACAAAGGAUAGCCGAGGGGGCUGCCCUCGUCGCUCAUCUACGUGAAAGCUUCAUUCAUUGUGGUUAAAAUUCUCUGGAUCGCCAUAGGGGUAGGUAUAGGACAGCACAUUAAGCCUCGUCACAUCACUAUGGCUGCUUCACUGGGACAAGCGGUGGCCCCGCCGUUGGAACUUGGCGACACCUCCUCGCCCCCGCCGGUGACGUUCGAGAACUUUGACCUCCCACUGGGUAAUCAACGCCAACUGGGAGCACCCCACCCGGAUGGCACCGUAAUCCCGCUCGCCCUACGUCCGGCGACCGCAGACCACUUCGUGCCGGAUCUCGACGGCGUCAUUGAGACGAUCAAGGCCCUCCAGUCCCGGGGAGGGAUUCUCACCAAGAAGUUGGCUCUUCACGGGACGCUGCUCUUCCGAGGCUUGCCAAUUCACAAUGCCGAUGAUUUUAGCAGAUUUGCCCAUGCGUUUGGAUAUAAACCACAUGAAAUCAUCGGCAUCGUCGUCGACCGGCCAGUACUUGCGCCGAAUGUGGCCCCGGCCAACGAAGCCCCUAAGUCGGUCCUGAUCUAUAACCAUAACGAGUCCCCCCAGGUACCCCAUGCCCCCGAGUACAUUUUUUUCUACGGGCACAGCGUACCCGAGAAGGGCGGGGAGACGCCAAUUUCGUCGUCGCUGGAGUUAUUCCGCCGGGCGCAGCAAGAAAUUCCCGACUUCGUCAGCCAGCUGGCCGAGAAGGGGAUCCUGAGUAAGGUGACGUACAAGGUCGAUAAGCAAUACGAGGGCGGCUCGACGCUGAAACAGGCGUUCGGAAAAGAAAUUCGGGACGGCGACGACGAGGCAACAAGGCGAGCCAAGAUCGAGGCCCAGAUAGCCCGCUACGGCAGAGGCGAGCACACGACCUGGGAAUGGACCGAUGACGGCAUCGUCCUGACGCACAGGCUGCCGGCGAUCCGCACGCAGCCGGGCACCGGUCUUCCGACCUUGUUCACCGGGCUGGCCGCGUAUUACCGCAACGCAGAGGUAAAUACCGGCGCUCGGAAGGGCGUAACACGGCAGCUUUUCGGGGACGGCACGCCGAUCCCUGACGAGUAUCUGGCGCGGCUUGUCAAGAUCACCGAUGAUAUCCGGGUGCUGCACAAGUGGCAGCGUGGCGACGUCCUCGUCUACGACAAUAUCAUCGCGCAGCAUGGGCGCCAGCCCUGGGAGGGCGAGCAGUCCGACCGUGUCGUCAUGGCGAGCUUGUUUGAUGGGGAGCAAGUUCCUGGCGCUUAUAGCUCCGAUGAUUGGGCUCAGGUCGUUCAAGCACUGGAAGCGUAGUCAACGCGGCACCUAUUGUAAGCGGCGUGAUCUACCUACAUGGGCAGAUGGAGGUCUUGGAAAUAUAGGUAUUAUUACACCCAUUCUCAACUUGGAAGAUUUCCCCAGCUGCGAUUAAUCGCUCCAGUUACACGUUUGUUUCUUAAUAUAUGGGAGGGUGUUUUUCUUCGAUACAGGUCCAGGACGCAGGUAGGUAUGACGGUACGCCCCAUUGCAACGUAUUAGUAUCAAUCCAUGUUUGGCCACCGUACUGUCUAUUAGCUACCUAACACAGUUGCUCGAAUGCCUAGAUCGAGUUUUAUUACCCUGGGUAGGGAUUAUACACUCCUGUGUGGAAUUGCGACGAUAAUAUACGCAGCUUGGUGACAGGAUACGGCUGAAAUGGCUAUACCAAGUUGAAAUGAAUGGAUAUUAAUAGUCGGGCAGUCC